AUGCGCAACGACGCGAGGCGGGAGCGCCGGCUCCCUGGGUUCUUCGACCGCGAGGUGUACGGCAUACUCGAAGGUCGAGGUCGGGGGGUCGUCGCCGGCAGCAGCUCCGGCGGUGGUGCCGCCGUGGAGGAAGUAGGGGUGGUGCGCAUGGAGGAGGAUGAUGAGGAGGAGGAGACAGGGGAGGAGGAAGAGGAGAGAGGGAAGGGGAAGGAGGUGGCAGUGGCAGUGGCAGUGAAGGAGACCGUGUUUGACAGUGGCCGGCCCGCCGGGGAGGAGGUGCUCUUCUCGGAGGACGAAGAGGAGGAAGAUGCUGAGACGCCAGAGGCGACUCCCGCACCACCGCCGGCGGUCAUCGCCCUGCCGAUUUCCGAGAAUUCGGAGGCAUCAAGGCAGCAGAGCGCACAGCAAGGCACAACAAAAGGCAGGCAAGGAGGGCAUCAAGGCAGCACCAAGACAGCAGGCUCACCGACACUGCAGCAGAGCGGGGAGAAGAGACAGCGAACCGGCGACGACGGUGAGCCCAGAGCAGAAGGCAUAGCAGACAAGCUGCUGGAGAUCCUAGAGCGGAACAGCCAGAUCAUGACGGCGCAGCUGGAGGCGCAGAACGUGAACUCGGAGCGCGACCGGGAGGAGAGGAGAGAGCAGGCCAACAGCCUGGCCGUCGUGCUCGGCAGGCUCGCCGAUGCUCUUGGCAGGAUCGCCGAUAAGCUCUAG